GGAAUCCACUGUGAGGAAGACAUCAAUGAAUGCUCUUCAAACCCUUGCCAAAAUGGUGGUAUCUGUGAGAACUCACCUGGGAAUUAUACUUGCCAUUGUCCAUUUGAUCACCUUUCUAGAACAUUUUAUGGAGGAAGAGACUGUUCUGAGAUUCUCCUGGGCUGUAUCCAUCAUCAAUGUCUACAUAAUGGAAUAUGCAUUCCUCACUUUCAAGAUGGCCAGCAUAGUUUCAGCUGCCUUUGUCCAGCUGGCUAUACCGGAUCCCUGUGUGAAAUCAUCACCACACUUUCAUUUGAGGGCAACAGUUUCCUAUGGGUCACAAGUAGAUCAGUUGCAAUGAAAGCUUCCUUUUGUAACAUGGCUCUCAGGUUUCAGACUGUUCAACCAAUGGCACUUCUACUUUUCCGAGGCAACAGGGAUGUAGUUUUGAAACUGGAGCUGCUAAAUGGCAACAUCCACCUAUCAAUUCAGGUCAACAGUCAGCCAAAGGUGCUUCUGGACAUUUCCCACAACACCAGCGAUGGACAGUGGCAUUCUGUGGAGGUAAUAUUUGCAGAGGCUGUGACCCUUACCUUAAUCGACGACUCCUGUAAGGAGAAAUGCAUCAGUAAAGCUCCUUCUCCAUUUGAAAACGAUCAAUCAAUAUGUGCUUUUCAGAACUCCUUUUUGGGUGGUUUACCAGUGGGAACGACCAGCAGUGAUGUUGCUCUGCUUAACAUCUAUAAUACACCAUCCACACCUUCGUUUAUAGGCUGUCUCCAAGACGUUAAAAUUGAUGAGAAUCACAUUACCCUGGAGAACAUCUCAUCUGGCUCAUCAUUAAAUGUCAAGGCAGGCUGUGUGAGAAAGGAUUGGUGUGAAAGCCAACCUUGUCAAAGUAGAGGACGCUGCAUAAACUUGUGGCUGGGUUACCAAUGUGACUGCCACAGACCCUACAAAGGCCCCAACUGUCUAAGAGAAUAUGCGGCAGGCAGAUUUGGCCUUGAUGACUCCACUGGAUAUGCUGUCUUUACUCUCGAUGAGAGCUAUGGAGAGAAAUUCAGUCUCUCCAUGUUCGUCCGAACACUUCGACCAUCAGGCUUACUUCUAGCUUUGCAAAACAGUACCUAUCAAUACAUCCGAGUCUGGCUAGAGCAUGGCAGACUAGCAAUGCUGACUCCAAGCACCCCCAAAUUGGUAGUAAAAUUUAUUCUUAGUGAUGGAAAUGUGCACUUGAUAUCUUUGAAAAUCAAGCCAAACAAAGUUGAAUUGUAUCAAUCUUCACAAAACCUAGGAUCUAUUUCCACUUCUAAGUGGAAAAUUCAAAGGGGAGAUGCCAUCUACAUUGGUGGCCUACCUGACAGGCAAGAGACUGAAGUUAAUGGUGGGUUCUUCAAAGGCUGUAUCCAAGAUGUAAGAUUAGACAACCAAAAUCUGGAAUUCUUCCCAAAUUCAACAAGCAAGCCAUCUCUCAAUCCAAUUCUUGUCAAUGUGACCCAAGGCUGUCCUGGAGACAACAUCUGCAAGUUCAACCCUUGUCACAAUGGAGGUGCUUGCUACUCCCUGUGGGAUGACUUCUCCUGUUCCUGCCCUGUGAACACAACUGGGAAAGCCUGUGAAGAAGUCCAGUGGUGUAGACUCAGACCGUGUCCUCCCAGAGCCCAGUGCCAGUUGAUGCCUCAAGGAUUUGAAUGUAUUGGAAAUGCUGUUUUUGAUGGACAAAGCAGUGAAAUAUUAUUCAGAAGCAAUGGGAAUAUCACCAGAGAACUCACCAAUAUCACAUUUGGAUUCAGAACAAGGGAUGUAAAUGUAAAGAUAUUGAACGCUGAAAAAGAGCCUGAAUUUCUUAAUAUCAGCAUUCAAGAUUCCAGAUUAUUCUUUCAAUUGCAAAGUGGCAACAGCUUUUAUAUGCUGAGUCUGACAAGUCUACAGUCAGUGAACGACGGCACAUGGCACGAAGUAACUCUUUCCAUGACAGAUCCACUGGCCCAGGCAUCCAGGUGGCAAAUGGAAGUAGACCACCAAACACCUUUUGUGACCAGUGCAAUUGCUACUGGAAACCUUAACUUUUUGAAGGAUAAUACAGAUAUUUCUGUGGGUGGCCGAGUUAUUGACAAUAUGAAGGGCUUGCAAGGGUGUCUAAGUACAAUAGAAAUCGGAGGCAUUUAUCUCUCUUACUUUGAAAACGUUCAUGGCUUCACAAAUAAACCUCAGAGAGAACAGUUUCUCAAAAUCUCUACAAAUUCAGUGGUUACUGGUUGUUUGCAGUUAAAUGCCUGCAACUCCAACCCCUGUUUGCAUGGAGGAAAUUGUGAAGACAUCUACAGCUCUUAUCACUGUUCCUGUCCCUUGGGAUGGUCAGGGACACACUGUGAACUCAACAUUGAUGAAUGCUUUUCAAAUCCCUGUAUCCAUGGCAACUGCUCUGACAGAGUUGCAGCCUACUACUGCAGAUGUGAGCCUGGAUACACUGGUGUGAACUGUGAAGUGGCUAUAGACAAUUGCCAGAAUCACCAUUGUGCAAAUGGAGCCACCUGCAUCAGCAACACUAAUGGCUAUUCUUGUCUCUGUUUUGGAAAUUUUACAGGAAAAUUUUGCAGGCAGAGAAGAUUACCCUCAACAGUCUGUGGGAAUGAGAAGACAAAUCUCACUUGCUACAAUGGAGGCAACUGCACAGAGUUCCAGGCUGAAUUAAAAUGUACAUGCUGGCCAGGUUUUACUGGAGAACGGUGUGAACAGGAUAUUGACGAGUGUGCCUCUGAUCCUUGCUUCAACGGAGGCCUGUGCCAGGACUUCCUCAACAAAUUCCAGUGCCUCUGUGAUGUUGCCUUUGCUGGUGAGCGCUGCGAAUUGGACUUGGCAGGUAACUUGAUCUCCGACAUGUUCACCUCCAUUGGCUCAGUGACCCUAGCCUUGUUAUUGAUCCUCUUGCUGGCUGUUGUCGCCUCUGUUGUCGCCUCCAACAAAAGGGCAACUCAGGGAACCUACAGCCCAAGUCGUCAGGAAAAGGAGGGCUCUCGAGUGGAAAUGUGGAGCUUGAUGCCGCCCCCUGCGAUGGAGAGACUGAUUUAGAAGCAUUCUGUCCCUUUAAGAAAGGGACCCACACGCUGUGAAUGUAAUGAUUGUACUUGAGUGGUUUCUGACAUACCUGAAGAUGUUAAUUUGCAACUGGAAUAACACUGGAACUGUGGAAAGGAUUCCCUUGACUAUCUUAAAGACUUUCACGGUAGUUCCACUUGAUGCCAUCGUUUUAUUAUAUUAGCCAAUCAAAAAUUGAUGUCUUUGUGCCAUUAAUUUCAGCCUCAUAAUUAGCAAACAUUUUUUUCCAGAUAAUAAUGUCUUCUGAGAAAAUCUCCAAUGGCUGACUCUUCCUCUUUGCAACCUGGGGACAAUUUUAGAUUGCAUUUUAGCUGGCUGCUGACUUUUGUUUACACAGAAGCUACAAGAAAAAAAAGCACAAAUAGAAUACAUUUCUUACUUCUCCUAUCAUGUGGUCAAAAGUUUUAGCUACAUACCUGUGAUGAGGUGUAUGUUUCUGUGAUUAUGAAUUCAGAGAAAGCCAUGGGAAUGACUUACGGUUUAAAAAAGUGACCCAAUGGCCACAAAUAAAAAAUGAAAUG